CAUGAACGGUGCUUUGCAGACUGGAAUACGUCAGUAUCGUUCCUUUACAGUUCAAAGUCUACUUGGUCUAGAAGAAAACAAUCAAGACAAUAGCGAAUUAAAAGAUAUAAUUAAUGAUUGCCCGUUGGACUUAACCAUUCGAUCUCGGUCAGAAGGCGAAAGAAAACAGAUAUUAAAUAAUAAUCAUGUGCAAUUUCCAAUUAAUGAAGAAAUAAACGAAAAUGUGAUACGACAGAAUGAAGAGAGAUUGAUUCGACUCUUGACCGAUGCUGGAAAUGAUAAGCUUACCGUGUCUUACCGACUACAGGUAAAUAAAUUACAAAGAGAAAAUCAGGAAGCGAUUGAGACUUUAGCCAAGGAGAAUAUUGUAAUGAAAAACGCGGUAGAUGGUCACUAUCGUUUGGAAAGGAUCUAUCUAAUAGAAGAUAUAGAAGGAGAAUUAUUUUGUAGAAGAAAGCGACGUCAGUUCUUUAGUGAAGAAACGAUUAAGCUGAUGAAGGCCUGGUAUGAGGAGAACGUUAAUUAUCCCUACCCUACUCACAACGAUAUGUUGAAAAUUGCCAUAAGAGCUCGAAUCCGUCUUUCACAGGUCAAGAAGUGGUUUGCUAAUCGGAGAGUUCGCAACUAUAAUACACUUCCUUUUAACAGCUCUCUACAUCCUAGAAAAUUGAAAAAGAUACAAGAAAUUCGUACACUUAGGGAUGAAGGCAGAUUAAAAUUAAAUGCUCCUCGAGGAAAAGGAGGAAAAUAUUCUCUUCCGAGACAAGCUGUUGAAAUCCUUCACGAUUGGUACAUCAAACACACGACUCAUCCAUAUCCGAAUGCCACCGAUAAAAAAAAAUUAGCCCAAGAAACAGGCUUGGAAGAAUCGCAAAUUUCUUGUUGGUUUGCUAACCGCCGAUGUCGAAGUAGGAAUGUGGUCAAGCAACCACAAAGGAGGGAAACAGAUGGACUUAGUGGUUAA